AUGUCAGCUAUCCCAAUAGAGACGGGCGAUCUGCCCACUCUCCAUCCUGCGCACUUUGCCUGCGCAAACAAAGGAUGCAAAAGGGCCAAGGAUGGCGAUCCGUCCACCAGCAAAGCCGUCAUGGCCUGCACCCGCUGUGGUCCCGUCGCUGAACAUGACGCCAAGGAGCACAAGAAGGACUGCGAGUCCGAGCUACUCAAGGUGACCCGGGAGCGCCGACAGCCCACCUUCGUUUCCGAGGACGAUAACCCAACGAUGGUCGGCACCUUCAAGUACCUCUGGGGCAACGUUCCGGCUAUCGAUAUUGUCAAAUUGAGGGAGAAUGAGGGAGUCGAUUUCAAAGGAGACCUGUGCCUGCUCUUUCCUGCUUCUGGAAACCUGCGCAAUGUCAUGGUAUCGAUUGGUCGGCUGCCUUAG